AAAACCCAAAAGAAAGAAAAAGCUAUAAAAAACCAUAUACCAACCAACAAAACCAUAUUUCUUCCUAAUCCUUCCACCUUCAUUUCUCUCCUUUCCUUCCAUUAAAACGAAAAUGGAUUCAGCUCCACCAUUGUUGGAGCUAGACCUUAACAACCUUAAAGCCCUCAAAAUCCUAGGUAAAGGUGCCAUGGGCACUGUCUUCCUCAUCCGCCACCCCACAACCAACAAUAACAACAACAACCUCUUGGCCCUUAAAGUCGUCGACAAAACCUCCAUGCACGCCAAACUCGACGCCGAACGCCGUGCCCGUUGGGAAAUCCAAGUUCUGUCAACGCUCUCCCACCCUUUUCUCCCUUCCAUUAUAGGCAUAUACGAAUCGCCACAAUUUCUUGCAUGGGCCCUACCCUAUUGUCCAGGUGGUGAUCUCAAUGUCCUCCGUUACCACCAACAGGACCGCGUUUUCUCUCCCACUGUUAUUCGAUUCUACCUGGCUGAAAUCAUCUGCGCUCUCGACCACCUUCAUUCCAUGGGCAUCGCUUACCGUGACUUAAAACCCGAAAAUGUCCUUAUCCAGCGUUCCGGCCACGUUACCCUCACCGAUUUCGAUCUAUCUCGAAAACUCAAACACAAAACCGAUAAUAAGAUUGUUUCAACAUUGUCUUUGCCUGAUUCGAAGGUUCAACAAGCUUCCAGAAAACACCGACGGAACUUCUCUCGCUGGAUCCAACUUCUUCCAAAGGAAUCUUCUCAGUAUUAUCAUCACCGGAUGAAUGGAUUGAGUUUGAAGAAGACAAUGUCAGCAAGAGUUAGCCCAGUGAGCCGUCAGAAACAGAGUUUCUCAAACGGCGAACGGUCGAACUCGUUCGUUGGAACAGAGGAAUACGUUUCGCCAGAGGUUGUUCACGGCGAUGGUCAUGAGUUUUCUGUUGAUUGGUGGGCGCUGGGGAUUCUGACAUACGAAAUGUUAUACGGUAGAACACCGUUCAAGGGGAAGAAUCGGAAGGAAACGUUUAGAAAUGUUCUGACGAAGUCGCCGGAGUUCGUUGGGAAAAGGACAGAGUUGACGGAUCUGAUAGAGAAAUUGUUGGAGAAGGUUCCUACGAAGAGAUUGGGUUAUAAACGUGGUGCUAUUGAGAUCAAAGAGCACGGGUUCUUCAGAGGGGUUAAUUGGGAAAUGUUGACGAAGGUGGUGCGGCCGCCGUUCAUUCCGUCCAGAGAUGAAAUCACCUUUUCUGAUGGAAAGGGCGGUGUGAAUAUUGUGGAUUAUUUUCAGCGGUUGAAACCGCCUUCGCCGAUGCGUAAUGUACCUUUGCCGUUACCGUCGCCGCCUUGUGAUAAGUUUAGAAAAAAUGUUUCGCUAACGGCAUUCUGAUGCACGUGCGAGUGCUUCAUUGCACGUGUAAGAGUUAGUUUUUUUUAGCAUUUUUAUUGUAACUGUAAUUCCUGUGCACAGAGAAAUUGAAUAACACUAUGAUGUUUAAAUAGUGUGCUCAAAUGUUAUUAAAUACUCAGCUUUCUGAUAA